UCAGGUACAUCAACUUUUGAACAAACAAACAAAAAUGUUUAAGGGCUUUAUUGAUUAUUAACAGAGGGCUUGAACAUAAUGUUGGAUCCUUAUUUUCUCCUCAGAAGUACUGAAAUUAAAACUGUGCUCAUUUGUGAUCGAAUGUGAAAAAUAUUUUAAUGAUGCUGGAAGAUGGACCAAAAUGCCGGGUAGUCAUUUAAACCUGCAGCUUUAUUGAUUGGCAUCUGGUUGUUUGCACUUGCAAAAUAUUUUACUGUUCAUUAUUGAUUGUUUCUGUGUUGUUCUUAUUUAUUUUUGGAAGGCUUGUCCAAAAAUCAGAUUGUUGUAGAAGUUACUGUAAUAAGAUUAAAGUUCCAGCUCCCAUGCAGAGUCUAGUCUAGCUGUCAAGCUCUUUAUCUCUUUUUUUGCUUUCUCUUGUCUCUCCAUGUUUAGUUUUGUUCAUUUAUUCCUUUAUGCAGCUGCUUCUCCAUUCUGACUUCUGACUAUAGAGUUACUUUGGUCUUUUUAAAUUUGCUUCUGUUACUUACUUUGUGUCAGAUACAUUUUAAAAGCUUUUUGUGACAUAACGUUUCCCCUGAUGCGCUGUUUGUGAUGUUUUAUUCACAAACAUUCAAAACCAUAUACUGUAUAUGCAAUACAUGGUCAUAAAGCAAAGAUAUUUAUAACAAUUCAAUUAAGUUAAUGAGAAUUUGUAAAUCACGGAGAAUCACAUUUACACAAAAGAAUUCUCUACAUGUAUUCUUUAAAACCUGAACUCUCUGCCUCUUUAAAGCCACACCUACGCUCUCAGUCACACUACACCACAAACAGAACCAGGAAGCUCUUUUUGCAGAAAACGAAACUCAGAAAUUUUCCUUUCUGAGAGAGUGUGUGAGUGCAGGAAAAUGGCAGAAGCCAAUAUUUCAGUAGACCAGGAUCAGUUCAUCUGUCCAGUGUGCCUGGAUCUCCUGAAGGAUCCAGUGACUACUCCCUGUGGCCACAAUUUCUGUAAGGUGUGUAUUAAUGGCUUCUGGGAUAAAGAGGAUCUGAAGGGCGUCUACAGCUGCCCCCAGUGUAGAGAGACUUUCACUCCAAGGCCUGUUCUACGCAGGAACAACAUGCUGGCUGAAAUGGUGGAAAAACAAAAUAAGACUGAACUCCAAGCUGUUUCUCCUGCUCACUGUUACACUGGACCUAAAGAUGUGGAGUGUGAUUCCUGCAUUGGGAGAAAACGUAAAGCCAUUAAUUACUGUCUGGUGUGUCGGGCCUCCUAUUGUGAAGAUCAUAUUACACCUCACUUUCAGUCUCCUGCCUUUAAGAAGCACAGGUUAGUUGAACCCUGUGCAGAGUUCCAGGAGAAAAUCUGCUCUCAGCACGACAAACCGAUCGAGAUCUACUGUCGUACUGACCAAAGCUUCAUCUGUUACUUGUGUACGAUGGAUGAACAUAAAGGUCAUGAUACGGUUGCAGCUAAAACAGAAAGAACUGAAAAACAGAAUGAGGUAAAGGAGGAGCAGAUGAAAUCCCAGCAGAGGAUCCAGGAGAAGCAGAAGAAGGUGCAGGAGCUGAGACAGACUGUCACCGCUAUUAAGUUGCGUUCACAGUCAGCAGUAGAUGAGAGUGAGAAGACCUUUACUGAGCUGAUCAGCUCCAUGGAGAAAAAGCGCUCGGAGGUGAAGGAGCUGAUCAGAGCUCAGGAGAAAGCUGAACUGAGUCGAGCUGAACAACUCCUGAAGCAACUGGAGCAGGAGAUUGCUGAUAUUACGAGGAGAGUCACUGAGUUGGAGCAGCUUUCACACACACACGAUCACAUCCACUUCCUCCAGAGUUUCCCGUCUCUCUGUGUUUCUCCUGGAUCUGAGGACUCAUCCAGCAUCACUGUCAAUCAACAUCUCUCAUUUGAUGGAGUGAGGAAAUCUCUCUCAGAUCUGAAAAAACGAGUGGAGGAAAUCUGUGAGGAGGAAUUCAACAAAAUCCUUCCACAAGCUGCAGCACUUCAGAAAAGCAGAGAGGAUUUUCUGCAGUAUUUCUGUUAUCUGACUCUGGAUCCCAACACGGUACAUCGUCGACUCAUUCUGUCUGAGAAGAACAGAGCGGUGAAGCGUAACAGGACAGAACAGCCAUACCCUGAUCAUCCAGAGAGAUUUGACUCCUGCCCUCAGGUGUUGUGUAAGGAGAGUGUGUGUGGACGCUGUUACUGGGAGGUGGAGUGGAGCGGUGUUGUGUCCAUAUCAGUAUCCUAUAAAGAGACCAACAGGAAAGGAGAGGCUCAUGAGUGUUUGUUUGGAUACAACAGUCAGUCCUGGAGUCUGAUGUGUUCUUCCUCUGUCUGUUUCCGGCACAACGGCAUUAAGACUCAGCUCCAAGGUCCAGUGUCCUCCAGAUUAGGAGUGUAUGUGGAUCACAGUGCAGGAACUCUGUCCUUCUACAGCAUCUCUGACACGAUGAGGCUCCUCCACAGAGUCCACACCACAUUCACUCAGCCUCUAUACGCUGGGUUCGGUGUAGGUUGUACCUCAUCUGUAAGGUUAUGUGACUCAAAAUGAAAUGUUAGUAAAAGGGGUCAUUUAGUAUUAGUAUUACUAACUGGCCAAGCACCCUCUUCUUAUUUACCUUUUCUUCUUCUUCUUCUUCUUCUUCUUCCUCCGUGUGUUCUUUUUCUGGCUAGGGUAACUAUGACAGCCCAAAGAACCAUCAGUUAAAAAUUUGGGCCAAGGAUCUUCAGGUCUUCAGGACCAUGCCCUGAGGCUAUGCAACAAAACAGUGCCACUUACUGGUAAAAAGUUACAAUAUCAUGUCUAAAAUGCUUACAUAAGUGCAAUUUUAUGACAAUUAUUAUUAUUAUUAUUAUUAUUAUUAUUAUUA